AUGAAAACAUUCUGGCAUACCUGGAAGAAGGACUACAAAAAGGAGUAUGCCAGUUUCGACGAAGAACAGUUCCGACAAGAAGUUUUCCUCGACAAUUUCGAGUUUAUCCUUCGACAUAAUGCAAAAUUUUACCGUGGUCGGGAAACGUAUAAAUGUCGAGUGAAUGCCUUCAGUGACCUCACACCGCGUGAAUUUGCCGACAGAUACCUCUGUCUGCGGAGAACGCCUGAAAACCUGUCAAACAGUCUGUCGGCUACGUUCAUCCCCAUCGCUAGAAAACUUCCUGACAGCAUGGACUGGCGCGAGAAGGGCGCAGUCACACCAGUCAAAGAUCAGGUGAGAUCUUGA